CUAGAGUUCUACACAUACAUACAUACUCGUCACGCUCUUUUUCUAUGAUAAGAACUUUAAAUUAAUUGUACAUUAAUUGACUCCAAUAUUUUUUUUUAUUUACAGAAUGCAACCAGUUGUACACCAAGACAAAAAUAUUUUUAAAUUAAUAUGUAACACCCAAAUUGAUACUCCCAUUAAAAUGAGUCCCGAGUAUAGGCUAGAUGGAGCGACUGUGCUGCAAGUUAAGAUAGAAAGUGAGACGACUAAAACAGAACCUUCAGCUUAUACGUGCAUAUACUUUAUAAAAUUCAAAAAAGCUGUACAAAAUGAUCAACAGAUUUACACUCUCAAAGUGUCGAGCGAGAAAUUUAAAAUUAAAGAUAGUAUUUUUCUAACCGAUGAUAUAGCUUGGCGUAAAAUCGGCGAAGCACUAAAUUGCGAGAGAAUUGAUUUUGAUUUUACAUUUGAAGUGGAUUCCCUGAUGACUUCAAUCACUCCAUUUAAACAUCUUUACGAUGAUACUGAAUUAACCGACUUUAAAAUUGUUGGUGAAAGUGGAUGCGUUGAAGUUCACAAGACAGUUUUGGCGAGCUUUAGUCCAGAAUUCAAUCAAAAUCUUUCUUUUCUAGAUAAAUUAUUAAAUAAGAAGGAGACUAAAGCAUCGAAAGAAACUUUGGAACAUCUAAAGUCAUAUAUGUACUUACAAAUAUUGCCUCAAGAUGGUAUAAGACAACUAGCUGAACUUGCAAUUCACUUCGAUAUGACGGACUUGGUGACCAAGUGCUGUAUUAAAUUGUUAAAUGAGGUGACACCUGAUAAUGUUUUGUCUCUUCUUGAGUUCGCGACGACCAAUAAUUUGCAUAAAUUGACGAUUGGCAUUCUGAAGUAUGUUCAAUCGGGCUAUAUUACGGUUGAUGAUAUAAAGAUACCAGUUGCUGAAACAUAUGAAUAA